AUGAAUAAAUCAACAACUAACAAACUGCAACAAAACGUUCCUAUAAACAUCAAUGCUAACAUCAUCGAUAGAUCAUCUGUUUUUCAAGGAUACAAUUGUUGUGGCAAAAAUGGUCCCAAUGAUUAUAUACAAAGUGGCUUACCACUACCUCCCGCCUGUUAUAUUGGAGGAAACUCAACCACUCCAACUUUACUCUAUUCUACUGGAUGCAUACAAGUUGUUAGCGAAGCCUAUGCAAAUAGUUCGGAAAUAGAAACUAUUAGUGACUGGAUUUUAGUAGGAUUGGUGGGUAUAACAAUUAUCUUCUCUGGUAUGUUGGCAAUCAGCUUCAAAAACAAUAAAAGAAGGCAACUUUACCGCUAAUUUUAAGGAUACUAAACAGUUUUAGAGAUAUAUGGACAUUUAU